AGUGACGCAACUCCCCCCGUAGGCAAGACCGUCUCAUUUCAGUUCGCUCCGUGUACUUUAGAGGCUGUAGCCUUUUAAUACAGAGUCUUGCCUUCAAAGUCCGCGGCCUAGAAGGAUCUAGACCCUGAACUGAAUUGGGAUGCACCCAGUGUCAGCAACUCAUUCGGCAGAAUCGUCGGCAAUCUUCGACCGUUGGUUAAACUGGCUCGUUCGUUUCUUUUGAGUUCGACGUGCUAUUUCGGCUGUGCGUCCUCGUCAUCAACCCAGUUCGAUUAGUGAAUCGGCUCAACCGAUCACUUCCUAUGAACCGGCUCAAAAAGAACGAUUCAUUCAAGAACCAAACAUCGCUAAACGUCACAGCAGAGGCGUGUCUUGCAGGAGACCCCACACCACUCAUGACGUAAAACAUAAGUUUCAUUUUCAAACUUUCAAGUUGAAGAGUGACUUCUGUUUUGAGAUUGUUGUCAAAUAUGGACGCACAAUUGCACGACGCAGAGGAAGAGUGUGUCAAAUACAAGCCUGGCGUUCGUUUGGAUAUGAGCCACGGGUUUCUUCACCACAUCAGAAGAAAUCAGAUUGCAAGGGAUGAUUACGACAGAGAUGUAAAACAGGCCAAAGAGAAACAGAGGCGCAGACCCACCACUACCCCUCGCUGCCCUAAAAGGCCUGACCGACAGAUGUACCACCUACGUCAACGGUGUAAGUUAGAUGGUUCUGAGCCUGCUGUGAGUGCAGGGAGUGGGACAGAGGACUGCAAUGAGGGCAACUCCGGCACAGUAUUAUUUUGGCUUGAUUACCAGGCUGACAGUGGGCAAAUAACAUCAUUCAUUGUUCACAAGGAGGACAAGCCAGAAACGAUAGUAGAAAGAGUAGCAGAGAAGAACAUUUUGGACUUAGCCAUGAGGGCAGCACUGCUGGCACGUGUGGAAAGAGAAGUGGACAAACGACGUGACAAAUGCUAAGAUGAAGAAACAUGCUGUUUUUGGAAAAAAGCAUACUUUAAAAGCAAGGCCUCACUAAAAUAUUGUGUGACCAUAACUGUGGAUGAUGCAGUUCUGCUUUACAGCACCAAGCAUGCCAAGUAACGUUAGCCUAACUUGUUAGGUGUAGAUAAUGAAAGACAAUAGAUACACUGUUAAAGAUGAAAUCAUGAAAUUUAGUUUGAACCUAAACAGUAUGUCUUUGUAAGAUACAGAAAUCGAGACCUGCAUUUUUUCUGUACGAGGAAAUAAAAAUGGUGCAUUUUUUUUUUCACAAAAAA